GUUGGAUGUUUCGGAAUGUGCGGCGCAGGUUUCGCCCGGGUUCCGCUCGGCUAGCGGCACGGGAGCGCAUCUGGCCGGAGGGAGCGCAUCUGGAGCAAGACGCAAAGGCUUGGAUGAGAGCUAAGGUUCUGUUCUCAUGACUCUGUGUUGAGGAGGAUUGAAGAAGAGCACACUGGCUUGGCUAUCACAAGACUCCCUCACUCCAGGACCAGAGUGAAAUACCAGCACGCACGCAGAUCCCCUGUAAACCAGUACAAGCAAACGGCCCAGUCUUAACCAGGCCACUCAGUGCAACUGACCCCACUUCAUCAUCUCAGGUGGGGUCAGCAGGAUUGUCGUGACAGCCAGGUCCUAAGAGAAGGAACGUCGCUGUCCUCUGCACACCUCCACACAGUUGUUAAUUUCUUGGUUUCUAACUCCAUCUGUACGAGUCCUUCUGACAUAAGCAGGAGGGAGUUGAGCCAUACAUACAGCACUCACAUGGGAGUGACAUAGGAGCCAGUCCAGUACUGACAACUCUGCCUUUUCUCUCUAUAUACACACGUGCACAUUCGUAUUAGUCACACGCUUGCUUGGCCACACCCCCACGCCUGGUUCAGGAUGAUGCCCUCCUCCUCCUGCGUGAUUGGCUGGGGAAGGAAGUGGCCUUGGUGGUGAUUGGCUGAGGCAGCGGAGCUGGACCCAUGUCGUGGAAGCGGAACUACUUUGCUUCGGGCAGCAGCGGGCUGCAGGGGAUGUUCACCCCGCGCACCAUGACCUCCAUCGCUCCCAGCAAAGGACUGAGCAAUGAGCCGGGCCAGAACAGCUGCUUCCUCAACAGCGCGCUGCAGGUACUUUGGCAUCUUGACAUCUUCCGCAGAAGCUUCCGGCAACUGACCACACACAAGUGCAUGGAGGACUCGUGCAUCUUCUGUGCUCUGAAGAGCAUCUUUGCCCAGUUCCAGUUCAGCAGUGAGAAGGUGCUGCCGUCGGAUGCUCUUCGCAGUGCUCUGGCCAAAACCUUCCAGGAUGAGCAGCGCUUCCAGCUGGGCAUCAUGGAUGAUGCUGCUGAGUGCUUUGAGAACCUCUUGAUGCGUAUCCACUUCCAUAUCUCUGAUGAGACUAAAGAGGACAUCUGCACAGCCAAGCACUGCAUCCCUCACCAGAAGUUCGCCAUGACUCUGUUUGAACAGUGUGUGUGUAACAGUUGUGGAGCUACGUCGGACCCUCUCCCCUUCAUUCAGAUGGUACAUUACAUCUCCACCACGUCUCUCUGUAACCAGGCUGUGCGGAUGCUGGAGUGCAGGGAGAAGCCCACACCGGACAUGUUCGGGGAGCUUCUCCGCAAUGCCAGCACUAUGGGAGACCUGCGCAACUGCCCGAGUAACUGUGGAGAAAUGUUGCGAAUCCGCCGGGUUCUGAUGAAUUCUCCUGAAAUCAUCAGCAUCGGCCUGGUUUGGGACUCAGACCACUCGGACCUGGCCGAGGACGUCAUCCAUAGUCUGGGCACCUGUCUGCGUCUGGGGGAUCUGUUCUACAGAGUGACAGACGACCGGGCCAAGCAAUCAGAGCUCUACCUGGUGGGCAUGGUGUGUUACUACGGCAAACACUACUCCACCUUCUUCUUCCAAACCAAGAUACGCAAGUGGAUGUACUUCGAUGACGCACACGUCAAAGAGAUUGGACCCAAGUGGAAGGACGUGGUGUCACGCUGUAUUAAGGGCCACUACCAGCCGCUGCUGCUACUCUAUGCUGACCCCCGGGGGACACCUGUGUCAUCACAGGAUGUGCCCUCAGCUCAGCUGGACCUGCACCAUUGCAGCAAGGCAGGCUACGACAGUGAAGACUCUGGGAGGGAGCCGUCUAUCUCCAGUGACACACGCACAGAUUCUUCCACAGACAGUUACAGUUACAAGCACUCACGCUCGCACCAUGAGUCUAUGGCCUCCCACUUCUCCUCCGACUCUCAGGGAACCGUGGUGUGUAAUCAGGACAGCAGCGGCUCUCAGAACAGCAUGGACUCUGCAGGUGAGGUCCUGAAAGAGCAGUCCACACCUAUGUCCACACCGAGGCCCUCUUCCACAGGACGGCUACAGGACUAUAAGGAGACAGUGAGCAUCAUGAUCCACAGCCGCCCGCUCUCCUCCUCCUCUAGCUCGGGGGUGGGGGGGUCUGAGGCUGGAGCACGGGCCAGAGACUGGGAGGAUGAGAGCACCAGCAGCGAGUCAAAGUCCAGCUCCAGUGGGGGGCGCUACCGGCCAUCUUGGAGGCCCAGGAGAGAAGCCCUGAACAUCGACAGCAUCUUCAGCCGGGACAGGCAGCGGCCAGGAGGCUACAGCUCUUUGGGUGCCUCCCCGCUGCCAGAGGACGCAGCAGCACAGAUUCACGGAGAAGCUGUGUCAGGGCCAGCAGCAGAGGAUCCCACAGCAGGGCAGGCGGGGAACGGGACAGAUGGGGCAGGGGAUGGGUCUAAUCUGGGAGUGGGGCGUCUGGCUGCCCCGCCUGCUCUGAGAGGUGCGGAGCAGCAGCCGCGGCUGAUUCAGAGGAUGGAGAGCGGCUAUGAGAGCAGCGAGAGGAACAGCAACAGUCCCAUCAGUAUGGACAUGCCUCUCAAUGACAACCCCAGCACCAGUGCACCCAGGGAGGCUAGCGGUAAGAGGGCCCUGACUUCAGGGCCGUCAUGGCGCACAGUGCCAAAGUCGAAGAGCAGUAGUGCCAUCCUGCAGGACCUACGAUCCCCUACAUGGAGCAGAAUCCCCACCAGCCUGGGAGAGGGCCGCAGUGAGCUGGACGAGCUGCAGGAGGAGGUGGCUCGCAGAGCGAGGCAGCAGGAGCUCCAGAGGAAGAAGGAGAAGGAGAGAGAGGCAGCCAUGGGCUUCAACCCCAAACCCAGCAAAUUCAUGGACCUGGAUGAACUUCAGCACCAGGUGAACAGCCUGGCCCGGUCCAAAUACUGCUGACAGACAAUCCAGAAGAGGUGUGGGAAGCCAGUCAGGACGCUGCCCUCGGCCUGCCACCUCCUGCCCAGAUGAAG